AUGGCAUUAGCAUUUUCUAAUACUAAUAAAUUUUUGUUAAAUAAUCAACAUAUAUUAAGAUCAGUCUUGAUAUUAUCUGUUCGUUAUAAACAACGUGGACAUAUUGCUGAUCAUCUAGUUGAACAUCAUAGAAAAUUACCAUUGAGUAAAGUUAAAGCUGGUACAACUGAAGAUGUGUCGCAAGUAACUGAUGAAAAAAAUCAAAAUGUUCGUACUACACCACAUGAUUUUAAAUAUGUUUAUCCUGAUUUUUUACCCAAUCCUAUUCCUUUUCUACGUGAUCGAAUACUUGAAAAACUUGAACGAAAGGAUAUGUUUCGUCGAAGACAACAAAUUGAUAUACCAGAAUUUUAUGUUGGAAGUGUUCUUGCUGUAACAUCUGCUGAUCCAUAUGCACCUAGUCGACGUAAUAGAUUUGUUGGUAUAUGUAUUCAACGUGAAAAACAUGGACUUAAACAUGAAUUUACUCUAAGAAAUAUUGUUGAUGGACUUGGUGUUGAAAUCGUCUAUGAAUUAUACAAUCCAACAAUAACUAGAAUUGAAGUUCUUAAACUUGAACGACGUUUAGAUGAAAAUCUUGCAUAUUUACGUGAUGCACCACCUGAAUAUUGUACAUUUCCAUUUGAUAUGGAACCCGUUAAAUUACCACCUGGUAGUGGUGUACCAUUGAACACAAUUCAAGUACCAAUUACCAGUACUCAUUGGCAAUAUAAAUGGGAACGUCAUGAUUUGAAAGGUGUUCUUUUACCACCAUUACCACGAAGUGUACGAAAAGCCGCAGAACGUUAUAGUGAACCAUGGCGUCAAUGGGAUAUAAUGAGACAAUAUCGAACAGAAAUUCAUGAUGAAGAUCGAGAUGAAAUUUUUGAAGAUAUUGAAAAACAUAAACAAGAUUUAGCACAAUAUCGUAUUGAUAGUAAAGAAAAUAUUAAAAUUAUCCGAACAAGACAAAAAGCAGCAGGAAGAAAAGCAAUUUUGGAUGAUUCACAGCAGACAAAACAUUCAAAUCCACCAACUUCAAAAUAA